CAAAUACUUUUUUAUUUAGUAGUAUGAUAAGAGAAAUCAGCUGAUUAAAAUGUCAUUGACAAUGACAAUUUUGAUAGCUACUAGAUCUGUAAUAGUUUGUAGGUUAUUUCAUUGGAUACAAAUGUUUGUUAUUUGUUAUUUGCUUUAAAUUAAAAUAAAUGUGAUUUCUUUGUUUCUUAAUAAAUAUCAAAAUGUUAUACAUUAGGCGUUUGCACCGCUUAUCAAAGCUCAUAAGUAAUGGGUCCUCAAUCACUUGCCGAUGUUAUUCUGAUACACAACGACUAACUAUUGUUAAAAACAAAAUAAAACAAGGACCAGGUUUGAAAGAUUUUAUCAUUGAAAGUUCUGAACCAGCCAUUACUGAUCGUCCUUAUAUACCAUACUUGCUCGAAAAUAAUAAAAUUACGGCAAAGAGAAAAGUUUUCUUUGAUGUAUACGGCUGCCAGAUGAAUCUUAACGAUACUGAUAUAGUUUGGUCAAUUUUAAAAAAAGAAGGCUUUGAAAAGACAGAAAUUGAGGAAGAAGCAGAUAUAUUUCUGGUGAUGACAUGCGCAAUACGAGAAGGUGCGGAAACAAAGAUUUGGCAUCGGUUGGACCAUCUUAGAGGGCUUAAGAGGCGCGCGAAAGAUCGCUCCGUUAAAAUUGGUAUUCUGGGCUGUAUGGCAGAGAGGCUGAAGGAAAAAUUAAUUGAGAAAGAAAAAGCAGUUGAUGUUGUUGCUGGACCAGACAGUUACCGAGACCUACCUCGUUUGCUAGCCCUCACAGAGAAUGGGCAGACAGCAGUCAAUGUGUUGUUAUCCCUGGAUGAAACAUAUGCUGAUGUGGUGCCUGUGAGGCUGAAUCAAGACAGUGUGUCAGCUUUCAUUUCAAUAAUGCGAGGCUGUGACAAUAUGUGCACAUACUGCAUCGUCCCAUUCACUCGAGGGCGGGAGCGCUCGCGUCCUGUAUCGUCCAUUGUCGACGAAGUACGACAAUUGGCAGACCAAGGAGUAAAGGAAGUGACUCUGUUGGGACAGAAUGUCAACAGCUACAGGGAUGUCACUCAAUCAACUGAGAAAUUUGACACUCAUUUAGCUAAAGGUUUCAAGACGGUGUAUAAAACAAAGAAGGGUGGCUUGAGGUUCGCUGACCUAUUAGACAAAGUGUCGGCAGUAGAUCCUGAAAUGAGGAUCCGAUUCACUGCCGCACAUCCUAAAGAUUUUCCCGAGGAGGUCUUGCAAAUAAUCUCAGAGCGCCCCAAUAUAUGCAAGCUACUCCACCUACCUGCGCAGUCUGGUUCUAGCGCGGUACUGGAGCGCAUGCGCAGGGGAUACACUCGGGAGGCAUACCUACAACUUGUGGACGAAGUCAAGAGGACUAUUCCUGGAGUGGGUUUAUCAACGGACAUGAUUUGCGGUUUCUGCGGUGAGACAGAGGAGGAGUUUCAAGAAACGCUCUCACUCAUGGAGACGGUGGACUACAAUAUCGCGUUCCUAUUCCCUUAUAGUAUGAGAGAGAAAACAACAGCUUACCGUCGUUACAAAGACGACGUCCCCGACCACAUAAAGAAGGAACGCCACAACAGAAUGCUAGAAGUAUACAGACGGAAAUGUCAACAACUAAACGAAGCGGAAAUUGGCAACACUCAUUUAGUAUUAGUAGAAGGGAUCGCGAAGAAAUCUGGCAACAUUUUAGGUAGAAAUGAAUUAUAUUUGAGAGUUGUGUUUGAACAAAUGGAUGUUUUGGCUGAAGAUGGGGGUAUGAGGCCUGUAAAGCCUGGUGAUUAUGUUGCCGUGAGGAUUGUAGGAGCCAGGUCGGCGACUCUAAAGGGCGUGCCGCUAUACCAUACAAGUUUAUGUCACUUCUACAGAGAGAAACAGUGGGGAGAGAGGCGUGCCAUUAAUUAAAAUGUUAGAAAUAAGUAUUAAAGGUUUGAAUCAUUGUUAUAUUUUGUUUUAUU